AUGGGUAAGGCUAGAAAGACAAGAAAGGUGUCUGUCAAGAGGAUGGUGAAAAAGGACGAUGAUAGAAUAAAGAAGAACCUCAACCAAAACAAAAAGGAGGAAGAUAUAGAGUUAAUCAAAUCAGUACCUCAGGUAUCAUCUGCCAUGUUCUUCCAAUUCAACCAGUCAAUCAAGCCGCCAUACCAGAUCAUCAUUGACACGAAUUUCUUCAAUUUCAGUAUUCAAAAGAAAAUCGAUAUUGUUAGGGGGAUGAUGGAUUGUCUAUUGGCAAAAUGUAUCCCCAUGGUCACUGACUGUGUUUUGGCAGAACUAGAAAAGUUAGGACACAGAUAUAGAAUUGCCCUUACUUUAGCCAAAGAUCCAAGAAUUCAAAGGUUAAAAUGCUCACAUAAAGGCACAUAUGCAGAUGAUUGUCUUGUAAGUAGAGUUAUCCAAAACAAAUGUUAUAUUGUUGCCACCAACGAUGCAGACUUGAAGAGAAGAAUCAGAAAGGUACCUGGAAUUCCAAUCAUGAGCGUCGGAGCACAUUCAUAUGUCAUUGAGAGAUUACCCGAUGUUUUCUAA